GCCGAAGGGCCUGUUUCCACACUGUAAGUAAUCUAAUCUAAUGUGGGUGUAAAUUAGAAACAGUGAGGGGAAAGAGUCACUGACAGGCGUAGACCAUAGGCCACCAAAUGAUAACAUCAUGGUGCGGCACGUAAAUAAUGGAUGCAUGUAAAUUUGGUACGGCAAUCAUCAUGGGGGAUUUUUAUCUACAUAUUAUUUGGUCAAAACAAGUCGGUCAAGGCAGCCUUGAGGAGGAGUUCAUAGAAUGUAUCUGUCAUACUUUCCUCGAACAGUUCUGUCAUGGAACCAACAAGGGAGCAAGCUAUCCUAGAUCAGGUGCUGUGUAAUGAGAGGAAUAAUUAAUGACCUCAUAGUUAGGGAUCCUCUCAGAAGGAGCAAUCACAGUACUUCUGAAGCCCGGGAGCUGCUUUUGGAGGGUUGAUAUUUCAAUCGAACUCCGACCAUAAAAUGAUGUGAGAUGAGAGCAUGCAUUAUCCCAAAACUGUACCUUUAGAAACAAUGUAAUUUGUGUCAUUGCCAAUGAGAUUGUGAUUGGGGUUCUAUUCCCUGUGUGAAGGUGGGAAUGGAAUGCAAUGUCUCCUAGACACCGGGACACUUCUGAUGGAGAGCAAUAAUAUUUUCCAAGCUCACAAAUGUCACUGAGUUCCUAGCAUUCAGGGAGAGGCUGUGUGUGAGACAUUCCUACAAUCAGGCGCUUUCAACUGCCUGAUGUCAGCACUUCUCUGGGGGAGUUAAUGUGUAAGCUUCUGUACCCUUUAGUCUCUGAUCUAAUCAAACGAUUAACUCAAGGAAGUCAUUAAAUGUAGUUUGCUGGAGGAGGCUUUUUGUCCGUCACAGCCUCCCAUAUGUAGGCAUCGCCUUCCUCUUUAUUUCGGAAGGACUUGCUUCUCAGCUGUUGAUAAGGGGGUCUCUGGGAUCACCCGAGAUGUUUGUUCAAGGCUGUGGGCAUUGAAGGAGAUUUUACAGUCACAUCUGCCACAGAGCUGGGAGAAUGAAGACUGGGAAAGAUGUGAUGGCAGACCAACCCAGUCUAUCUCUGCAAGUUCCAGAUGCAUCUGCCUACGCUCAAUAUUCAAGCACAUCUCUACCAUCGAUGCAGCUGUGCUCCAUUGCCAAUCCUUAUUACCCCAGCAACAACUACUACACCCAGUACUCUGACGCCUGGUACUCCUCAGCCAUGUACGAUGCUAAGAAACUUUCCUGUGACACCAUUUUUCAUGAAGACAUGGAUGAGUGUGACAUCACGGUUACCAAGAAAUCCAGGCUGGGCUCUCUGUCUGGGAAGCUGAAAGGUGAUGAGCUGUGUGUUGUGUGUGGUGACAAGGCUUCGGGAUAUCAUUACAAUGCACUCACCUGUGAGGGCUGCAAAGGAUUCUUCCGCCGCAGCAUCACUAAGAACGCGGUGUACAAAUGUAAGAAUGGAGGGAACUGUGAGAUGGAUAUGUACAUGAGGCGGAGGUGUCAGGAGUGUCGCCUGAGGAAAUGCAAGGAAGUCGGAAUGCUGGCCGAAUGUCUAUUAACUGAAAUUCAGUGCAAAUCAAAGCGACUGAGGAAAGCCCCAACACUGCCUUCAGUGGAGCCCAGCCAAGAGACUGCUGAUGGAGUCGAUUCCAAACUAGUGACCUCCACAACAAGACACAACAAACACAAAAUAGAGUUCACCCAGAAGCAACAAGAUCUACUGAGGCAUAUCCUUGAUGCUUUUUCCAAGUAUCGAAUCCCUCAGGAAGUCACCAAGAAGCUACUACAACAGAGAAGCAGCACUGAGGAGAACUUCCUCCUGCUCACUGAAACAGCCACCAGCCAUGUACAGGUGCUUGUUGAAUUCACAAAGAAGUUGCCCGGGUUCCAGAUGUUGGACCAUGAGGAUCAGAUAGCCCUGCUGAAAGGCUCUGCUGUUGAGGCCAUGUUCCUUCAGUCUGCUCAGAUAUUCAGCAGGAAGAUUCCUUCGCAGCAGAGUGAGUUGCUGGAAGAUCGAAUCCGUCACAGUGGUAUAGCCGAGGAGUACAUCACCCCCAUGUUUAACUUCUAUCGAAGUAUAGGGGAGUUGAAGAUGACACAAGAGGAAUUUAGUCUAUUAACAGCCAUCACCAUUCUGUCACCAGAUCGUUCUUUCGUGAAGAAUCGGGAAGCCAUCGACAGACUUCAGGAGCCAUUGUUAGAGAUCCUGCAGAAAUACUGCAAGCUGAACCACCCGCAGGACCCCCAGCAUUUUGCCCGGUUGCUGGGGAGACUCACUGAGCUCAGGACCUUUAACCACCAUCACUCGGAUAUGCUGAUGUCCUGGAAGAUCAAUGAUCAGAAGUUCACGCCUCUUCUCUGUGAGAUCUGGGACGUGCAGUGAUUGUCCCCCUUCCUCGCAAGCCAUCUACAGGACCCAAUAAUUAUAAAUAGCCAGGAAACCGGAGCUGCCAAUUCCGGAACAUUCUGAACUAGCUAGUGUACCUACACCAAGGGAUGUAAGUAUGUUCCUGUCAUCCAAGGACACAGGUUAAUGACAUCUCCGCUCCAUCUCACUUACCCAGGCCCACCAACAACAAGGGUCUACAGGGGCAGCAUAGUCUGGAGAAACAACCCCUAUAUCUCCUUAAAUGAAGUUUGGCAUUUUUUAAAUGUUCUUUGUGAUGUAAGGUAGUCCAUUUGAGUAUUUUGUCUUUUGUGAAUUCUACUUCCACAGAAUGGAGGAUGGAUAUUCAGGGAGAGCUACUGCAAUAUCAAGGAUCACAAGAUUGGGGAAGCGUGCAGGAAAUUAAGACUCACUCUUCCUGAAGUCAUGACAGAUGUGAACAGAUUUAGUUAGACAAUCAAAAUUUAUCUGAAGGAAAAUGCUAAUCAGGAUUCUAUACUUAACAAGAAAUAAACUCUUUAUUACAAGAAAAUAGUCUUUAACUAAUGGCAAACAGGAAGUAGGAAUUGUUAACUUAAACUCUAUCUUUCUUCAAUUUGCCCCUUCUCAGACAGGCAAGAUGUGGAGGUGCCAGUGUUGGUCUGAGGUGGACAAAGUCAAGAGUCACAUCACACCAGGUUAUAGUCCAACGGGUUUAUUUGAAAUUGCAAGU